AUGGCCACUUUGACCACAUCAUUUACCGAUGUGCGGAGACACCGACCACUUCAUCAUAUGCCUCAUCAACGCAGUAUUAUGCCGUUACGUCGUGAAAGAACAAUAGCGAGCUAUGAUAAUCCUUUGUAUUCCUCUGGAUUGUCUGCCAACGCGUCUAUGAACAAUAUGUUUUCUGGUGAAAAACAUUACACUCGACGUCAAUCACGAGCUCGAUCAGCAAAAUCGAAUGAGAUAUUUAGUAUGAUCAAUCAUAAACUUCAAACUGGGCUACGUGGUGUCAGACAGAUGUUUCGUUCAAAUGAUCCAUCUUGCCGCCUCGGUCACUUAUCAAAAGAAGCAUUUCAUCGUGUUCUGAUCCAGUUAUGUGGUUUUAUUAGUACAGAUGAAUGGAAUAAAGUAUGUAAAAUGUUUCACUUGAAUGAGCGUGGAAAUACAAUUACAUUCGAAGAAUUUCUAUCGUAUUUUCCUGAAAAUGAGAAAGCAAAGCGUGAACUAGCAUUAUCCCAGACGGAACGAAACGUAACCGAAUUAGUCAGUCUUAAUAAAAAUAUUAAUGAUCAACACAAACGUUUUUUACCAAAAUUAACAGCAACUUAUUGUCUUUCGUUGAUGAGAAAUAAAUGCAAAGAACCCUCAUUUAAUCCAAUAGAUUACAUACCAAAAGAAUGUUUACAUGGGAUUAUACUACCCUAUCAUCUAAAAAUGAUCUUAGAAAAAUUUCAAUUAGAUGAUUUAUUAUUAAAUAAUAAUGACGAAUUUCAAAAAUUAUGGUCCAAAUUUGAUUUAGACAAUAUCGGUCACGUCAAGACAAACGUAUUGCUAAGAAUGUUAGAUUACAAACCAAACUUAGCUGAUGAAAUUGAUCGAGAUAUUAGACGAUUACUAUCAAGAAGCUGCGUGAUUGACAAAACAACAACAACUUUACACAGAAACAGAAGCCCAAGAUCAUCUCAUACUAGAAGAAACAAUUCUUCUCGAGAAAAUUCAACGCCACCACCGUCUGUCAUUGAUCAUUCAUCACCUAGAACAAGGCAAAAACACGAUCAUAAUGAAUCAAUGGAAAUAAAACCGGAUAAUGAAACGAGUAUCAGAAAGGAAAAUAAGAGUGAACCAUCUCCCAGAUUGCUGAGUACAAAAUUUCGUAUGAUCGUUCAAAAACAUCGUAACUUGACUAAACAAUUGAAUUCCAAUGACCAAUUUUUACCUUAUCUUGAUAGAAAAGUAAACGAGGGCUACUUUUGCUUGAAAACAGUAUUUGAUUAUUUGGAUUCAGAUAAAACUGGUUUUGUUACCAAACAAUUAUUUAUUGCUGCACUAAAUGAAUUUGAUAUACCGAUAUCACACGAGAAUCUAGAUCGUUUUCUACAAAAGCAUCAUUAUCUGACAAAUAAAAAUAAUAUGGUCGAUUAUAAUAUAAUUUUAAAAUAUUUUCAAGAUCGUUCUGGUUCAAGUUUUCUUGCUCAAACAAUAAACUCCUUUAGCUCACAACAAUCGAUAAUGAAAUCAGAAUUUAGUUAUAUAGAAAACGGUUUAAUUGAUUUAAUGCAUAGAAUAUUUUUAUCGUUGACAGCUGCAUUCAAAUAUUUAUCGAAUGAUAGUAAUGAUUUAUGUGCAGAAAAAGAAUUUUAUACAAUUAUUAAAAAAGAAUUGAAUAUUAAUGAGAAUUAUUCGUUCACUAAUAAACAAAAAAAUGAAAUAUGUAGUGUACUCGAUUGGCAUAUUGAAAUGACACAAAUACCAUACAAACGAUUCUUACAUUAUCUUGCUAAAUCAGUGGAACUAACAAACCAAAUAUUCGAUAAACAUUUUAUUGAAAAAUCUAUUCCUCCACGUAGUGAACAUUCCGAAGAAAUGAAUAGUGUCAAGUCGCAAAGAAAAUUAGUUUACAUUGAAAAGAUUCUCAAUGAUUUGGUUCGUUUACGAAUCCAUACAUUGACAAAAGCUUUCGCUCAAAUCGAUCAACCAAGAACUGAAAUGAUAAACAAAGAACAAUUUCUGUUUUUACUAAAAAAAAUGUCAACUGAUCUGACGAAAGCCGAAGUUGAUAUGAUUUGGAUAGCAAGUGGUUUUGAUCCAAAUAAAUCAAUACCAUUUUCAAAUUUAAUCCGACAACUGGUUAUGUUCAAUGGAAUUGAUGAACAAAAAAUUGUAAAUAAAGAGAAGCAUUCAAAUUCAUUACAAAGUCGAUUAUUAUCAACUGUUACUACACACUCAAUAUCUUCGUCGACAACUGUUUCAAUGUCAGAUAUUGAUUAUUAUGCCAUCUAUGAUCGUAUAGUUCCACAUAUUCGUCUACAUUGGGAUGGUAUUAAACAAGAUUUAAUUCAAAAUGAUGAAAAUUGUACUGGUUUAAUUUAUUUUUCAGCGUUACUCGAUAUUUUUCAACGUUAUUCUAUACCAAUAACAGAAAAAGAGCUGGGAGCUUUGGUUCGAAAAGAUAAUCCAGACAAUUCAUCCAAAAUACAUUAUCCAUUUUUCAUUAAAAAAUAUCGUCCAAAUGCGAAAGAAUCGAAGAAUAAAAGUCCAUGGUCAAUUGUGCAUCCUAUUUAUGAUCAAUUAAUAAACAGAUACCAUAUGAAAAAUUCAAAGGAAUUGUAUGAACAGCGAAUACAGGAUCCAAAAGAUUUGAGAUAUUUAAUACGAUUAUUUAUAUCAUAUGAUACAAACAAAAAAGGUUAUUUGACUAGUGAAGAAUUCCAUCGGUUGUUAACUGAUAACGAUAUUCAGUUGUCUUCAACUGAUGAAGUUUAUUAUCAAUUAUUCAGUGUACAUGAUAAAAAAUUGAAAGAUCAAUUUAGUUAUAAAGAUUUAUUUCGUACAUUCAUUGAAACAAUUAUGUCCUAUUAG